AUGGUGUUUGACGCAUUUGAGCACCGAGACAGCAAGCAGUUCUUGAAGCAGCUCACCAUCCAGCACCCCUUCAUCACCACUCAGAUCGCUCAAGUGCCCGCCCACAUUGUUAGUAGACACAUCAUGUGUAUCAAGGGGGGCAAUGACGAGGACACGGACGGCCCAUCACGCAACUACUACACUCUUCGCUCAAGUGCCCACGCACACCGUCAACGGAUACGUCAUGUGCAUCAAGGCAGCUUCGCCUCGUGCCUUCAUUGCACGCACAGCCAGUGGGGCUUCGAGGCCCGCUUCACUCUGCUGCACCUCGCCUCCUCCCUCGCCUCCUCCCUCGCCUCCUCCCUCGCCUCCUCCCUCGCCUCCUCCCUCGCCUCCUCCCUCGCCUCCUCCCUCGCCUCCUCCCUCGCCUCCUCCCUCGCCUCCUCCCUCGCCUCCUCCCUCGCCUCCUCCCUCGCCUCCUCCCUCGCCUCCUCCCUCGCCUCCUCCCUCGCCUCCUCCCUCGCCUCCUCCCUCGCCUCCUCCCUCGCCACGUGGUGCCGCUCUCAUGGGUGCUUUGGCCCCGCCAGGCUCAUGCUCAGAACGCAGAUAUCAGCGUGGGCUGGCAACCUCCUGAAGGCCGGCAACCUCCUGAAGGCUGGCAACCUCCUGAAGGCCGGCAACCUCCUGAAGGCUGGUAACCUCCUGAAGGCUGGUAACCUCCUGAAGGCUGGUAACCUCCUGAAGGCUGGUAACCUCCUGAAGGCCGGCAACCUCCUGAAGGCUGGUAACCUCCUGAAGGCUGGUAACCUCCUGAAGGCUGGUAUCCUCCUGAAGGCUGGUAACCUCCUGAAGGCUGGUAACCUCCUGAAGGCUGAUAUCAGCGUGGGCCAGCAAUCUCCUGAAGGCACUUUUUUUGUGGUGGGCGCUCUUAACCUACACACCCUACCCUCCUUCUCCUCCCUACCCAUCUGCCGCUCCCCCACCGAGGUCAACCCACACACCCACGCCACGCGACUAUCAGCGUGGGCCAGCAAUCUGCUUAAGGCCGCACUGGGGCCGAAAGUAGAUGCUUACUUGAGCAAUCUGUUCAUGGCAGUGCUGCGGCCGGGAGCAGCGCCGCCAUUUAUACCGCCAGACAGGCUGACAACGCAGUGCCUGGAGAAUGCGGUGGUGCUGCACUGCAUUCUCCAGGCACCGCAGCGAGACACCGUCAACGCCAAUAUCAGCGUGCGCCAGCAAUCUACCUUUAAAGCAGUGCUGGGGCCGAAGGCAGCGCCGCCGGUCAAGCCACCGGACGGGGUCACACCGCAGUGCCUGGAGAACAGAGUGGUGCUAUGGCAGCGAGAUGGGAUGAUGCGCAUGCACGUAGCAAUGAAGGACGUGCUGUCGUGGAUGCGCAUGCACGUGGCAACGAAGGACGUGCUGUCGUGGAUGCGCAUGCACGUGGCAAUGAAGGACGUGCUGUCGUGGGCCUUCCUUCCUUCUUGUCUUCCAUCAGAUGCGGUAAUGAGAGGGGGAAAGAAGAGGAACAAGAGGGAGGGGGGAGUGCUGCCGUGGGUGAGCAAGCACCUGGAGACUCUGCGGCGGCAGCAGAAGGGAGGCGCGGAGGACGGCGAUCCGACCUUCUCAGAGCCCUGUGUGCACCGCAACCUGCUGUACUGA